AUGCCAUGCACAGAAAGCGUGCCUCUCCUCUCUGGAGACUCACCUCCAGGUUCUGGCAGUUACGGUCUGAGCUACUGGAUCAAAGGGCUCUACCUCGCCAUACCGAAGAGCAAGCCUGCCGCCAAGGUGAUGAUCUGCUGCUGUAUACUGGAAGUCUUCCUGGGCUGCUGUUCACUGAUCGAAUCCUUGAUUAUGCAAUCCCUCGUCUCACGAGACAAAGUGUUCCUCAUGGCCUUGGUCCGUCUCGUCUUCGAAGUCAUUACUCUGAUGGCUGGAGAGGCCAUAUCGGCCCUUCGGACGUUCACUGGCAGGGAGACACACAAAAACUUCAUGAACAGCUUGGGACAGAGCAAGAGAUACUCGUCAGACCAUAACCAGGGGAAAGGUCCAUCGAUGAAUAAGAUAGGCGCUGUCGACAUCUACU